AUGCUCUGGUCUCUCCACACAGCUCCAGGACUGCACCCUGUUCCAGGGGGUGUUCCCGUCCCCCCCACCGCAGUCAUCCUGAUGAAGCUACUGCCUCCACCCACCUGCUUCGUGGGGCCCUUUGUGCAGGUGGAUGAACUGAUGGAGAGCUUCAGGAGAUGUACACUACCAGAGACUGUAGAUGCAGCAGUAGAGUUGAUAACGGGCAGGCAGCCUGAUGCCGGCGGAGAAGGGAACGGCUCCAUGGAGAACCACGCCAUGACCAAGUCACUGAAGAGACCCAAUGCAGACUCUGAUGAAGAGGAGGACAAGGGCGCUGUGGCCCCACCCGUUCACGACAUCUACCGCGCUCGCCAGCAGAAGAGGAUCCGAUGAACACACACUCACUCAGACACACGCACACUUGGGAUGGACUCUGUACAGGAAUGUAACCCAUUACGUCAAACCUUUUAGGGCAAACCGACUCGUCUGCAGUUUGUCUGGAAGAGUCUUUAUAUCCAACCAUCGUUGGUCCCUCUACAUACACCUGUGUUUGUUUUUUUGUUGUUGAUGUUUUUUUAACAGUUUUAUUUUUUAAAGCUGGGUGACUAAUACUGUACAAAGUUUUUAAUUCAACCCUUAAUUUGACACUCAGCUGUUUGGCCUUGUGAACCUCUGGUGAUGGACAAAUGGAAUCGACCUGUUUUUCUAGUCAAAUUGAGAGAAUACAUUUCCUUUCAAUAAACAGAGGAGAAAAGAACCAAAACUUAA